CCGCUAAAACCCAAAGAAGAAGAAGCAUUGCGCAGGAUUGCCAUGGUAACGUACAUUGCUGAACAACAACUCUGAAAGACGUGCCCAUCUCUAGCACAAAUGGAUCUAUACAUCCAUGAUUUGGACGGUCUCUGAAAAGUUGCGGCGCAGCACAUCCCUCAGCCUAGUUAUGGUUCACUAGACGGUUAGAUAGCUAAAGGCUACUGACAGCGCAGCUAACGUUACUUGUUGAUUAUCUAAGGCUAUCACAUCCGGACACGUUCCCAUCACUAUGGCCGCUUCAGUUGAAGAGGUCUCUUUAUCCGUUGUACGGGAAUAUCUAAGUCGAAAGGGACUCAGGAGGACGAUUGCCUGUAUGGACGAGGAGCAUCCACGCACAGAGGCCAGUAUCAACAACAGAUCCCACUUGAGGCAGAUUCUCAACAUGGAGGGUCUCUAUAGAAAGAAUAAAGCUCUGAACUCCCCCCUGAAAACAUUACUGGAGAUUAUUGUAAAGCAUCACAUUGAGGGCCUCAAGAAUGACGAGAUCACUUGCAGUAAAAGUGAUCCGCAACAGUCUGCUCGAACUAUUAGCUGGAUUGCUAAUUCUUCUGCAGUAUCACCAACAGUAAUGAAUGACACACAGACAGAGGAUAGCACAACAGCUAUCAAUUUGAGGUCUGAUAUAGGAGAAGUCUGCCCUUCUCAGCCUCUGUAUGCGUCAUUAUUACCUGAGACAGACAGACCGUCCAGUCAAAAUCAAACUUAUGACACAGAAGACAAAAAAGGACAGCCACUGAUGGCUUCCCUCCAGGACAAUGAUAGCUUAAUCAGAAGAGAACCGGAAAAAAAGACUUCCACCACUGAGAGCACCCAAAGGAGCAGAAUUAAUCGAAUUAGACGUGGCAUGAUGGCUGGACCAAUAGCAAGCACAUCUCAGGAAUCAAACAAAAAAAGGCAGAAUCAAAGGCUAGAAGUGUCCCAGCCGCAGCUCAUAAAAAAAGAAGAAAACAGGCAUGCUGGGGAUGAAGUUUUAGUGCCUGGCGUACAUCAAAAAAGCUCAGAAAGCGGCCUAACUGAAAUAACCUCAGUUGACUGCGUAGGAGUUCAUCGGGAGUUUUGCAUUUCACAAGAGAGAGUGCAGAGGGAAAACUGCUUUGAAAAAGUGCAACAAGACAUACUGAAGACUACAAAAGUUAAGUCUUUGCCCAGGCCAAAUUUGACUGAUUUGGAUGCGUCUCAGAUGGUUUUGGAUGACAUUGAUGAUGACAACGAUCUGCGAGAACUCUCCCAAGUGUCCUUUCAAAGAACCGUCGCAGAGCAGCCGUGCUGUGCAGGCCGACCGUUGGACCAGCACACUGCCACGGAAUUGAAAGCGGUUCUUCUUGGUUCCAGCCUACAUUGUUUCAGUGUUGAGUGGAGGAAUCAGGGUUUCACAUUCUUAGAAACGCAUGACCUGAGAUACGGAAUCGUGCAGAAAAAGGGUGGACCUUGUGGAGUUCUGGCAUCCAUACAAGCCUUUGUCCUAAAGAAACUGCUGUUUGAAAACAUUGAAAGCAGUAAUACAGGCUUUCAGAGGUUAAGACCUUCUAACACUACCAGGAGAAAGUGUCUUGUUUUAGCGGCAGCCGAAAUACUGUGGAGGGCUGGUGAGGGAAAACAAGCCACAGUUGCAAUAAAUUCAGGACAAAAUCAGUUCACCCCAACUGGACACUACAAAUCUCGAGGAGUGCUUGAAAAGAUAACAUGUUUUGCUGUGGAUAACAUCAAGGACCUGCAGUUGCUUCUGGAGCAGCAUAUUGAUCAGUUUGAGACUGGGGUGUUAGGAUGCAUACUGUUCACCAUAUCUGCUGUUCUCUCUCGAUCCAUUGACAAAGUAAGAGACGAUAUGGACGUGCCCACCACCACACUCAUCGGAGCCCAUGGCUACUGCACUCAGGAGCUGGUCAACCUGUUGCUCUGCGGCAGAGCAGUUUCUAAUGUCUUUGACAAUGACAUGGAGCUGGACUCAGGCAAUAGCAAUAUGACUCUACUCAAGGGAGUCAAAGGCCACUGUGACGUUGGCCUGCUGUCCUUGUUUGAACACUAUAACAUCUGUGAGGUAGGGGCUUACUUGAAGACUCCAUGUUACCCCAUUUGGGUGGUCUGCAGUGAAAGCCACUUCAGCGUGUUGUUUGGCCUGCAGAGAGAGCUAUUGACCAAUCAGGACAAAGGCCUGGAGUUUGACCUCUACUAUUACGAUGGACUGGCCAAUCAACAGGAAGAGAUCCGCCUCACUGUCUCUGUUGGCAAAUCGGCCCUGAGCUGUCAACAUGUUGACACUGAUCUCAUUCCACCACUGGAGCACUGUAUCCGAACAAGGUGGAAAGAUGCGUUCGUCAAUUGGAAUGACACAGAGCCUAUUCUCUGACUGAUCACAUGGUUUGAUGUUAUUUUAAUCAUGGAUUAACAUCCAUUUUGCAUCACCAAUACAAAUACUUUUACAUAA